GCUGUAGCGGUAGCCACGGACAAGCCAGCUGGGAGUGAGGGCCAGUGCGAGCUUCGCCACUGAACUGAUAACACGCACCUUGCCAACACCCGAGAUAAAUUCCACUUGCCACACCAGGCAGUGGACAUUUGUAUCACUCGCUGUUGUUUGACAAUACGUUCACCAAUUUGUGAUACUAUGCGAGACUUGGGAUUAGCCUGUACCCGUUCUCCUGUAUUUACUUUGAAAAUCUUCCAUUAUCUGCGAUUGUUGACUUUAAUGUGCAUCUUGUUAGAUUUAUAAGCUUGGGAAAACUAUAACUUAGUAAAAUUCAGCAGUAUUCUCUCAAAUUGAAGAAGCAACUUCACCCACACAAAAAUAUAAAGCUGUCAAGAUGAAUAGUAAUCGGAUGGUAGUAGCACAACGAGGGGUCAUCCCACCCCCAAAACACUAUGCCGACUCUGCUUGGUUCAAGUAUAUUCUGUCAUGCUGUGCAGCUACCACAGCUGAGAUGGUCACAUACCCCCUAGACCUUACCAAAACACGCUUGCAGAUCCAGGGGGAGAAGGGACUGAAUGGAAAUGGCAUACACCAUCAGCCAUACAGAGGAUUAGCCAGCACUGGUGUCGGCAUUAUUCGAGAAGAAGGGAUGCUCAGGUUGUGGCAAGGAGUAACACCUGCUGUUUAUAGACACUUGAUAUACUCAGGUACACGGAUGGUACUCUACGAGAAAGUACGUGACCACCUCUUCACAAGACGAGCCGAUGGUACGAGGCCUGUCUGGCAAGCAAUAGUGGGAGGAAUCCUGGUAGGUGGUAUUGCUCAGUUCCUGGCCUCUCCAGCAGAUUUGAUCAAGGUGCAAAUGCAAAUGGAAGGAAAAAGACGCCUUGAAGGGAAACCACCAAGAAUUCACAGUGCUGGUGAAGCAUUUGUAAAGAUCUACAAUGCAGGAGGUCUGCGUGGGUUGUGGAAGGGAUGUAUGCCCAAUGUAUAUCGCUCGGCAUUCGUCAAUUUAGGGGACCUUACCACCUAUGACUCAGUAAAGAGAUAUUUUGUAAGCUCUUGGGGCUUGUCUGAUAAUUAUUGGACCCACGCCUUGUCUAGCGCAUGUUCAGGGCUGGUGUCUGCUGUUUUGGGUUGCCCAGCUGACGUAGUUAAGGCCAGGAUAAUGAAUCAGCCGACUGAUAUAGAAAGCAAAAUUCCAGGAACUCAUAAGAGGGGUCUGCUGUAUAGAAAUUCUUUGGACUGCUUAAUGAAGACUAUCCACAAUGAAGGCUUCUGGGCACUUUACAAAGGAUUCAUCCCAUGUUGGCUACGCAUGGGACCCUGGUCACUCACAUUUUGGUUGACAUAUGAGCAGAUCAGAAAUUUGAGUGGCACGUCUGCUUUCUAGGUAAUGAGUCGUGCAUUCUGAGUGUUAUGAAAUUGGCUGUGGUGCUGAUUCUGUAUCCACGUUAUAGCUUACCUCAUCAAGUACAGUGCAAGUCCAAUAAUCUGGCACCCCAGGGUAAAGGAAGGGAGGGUGCCGGACCAUCAUAUAUGCCGGAUUAUUGGAUGUUAUCCCUUGGUCUUCACAACCUCUAGAUGCUUCCAUUUUCACAUUUUUUAUAGGAUACACUGCAGUAAAGGUUUUGAACAUAUUGUAAAGUCGGGUAAAUGUUACAAUUACUAAACAUAAGGUGUAUAAUAAAUUACGAUACUGUAAUAAUGUAUCGAUAGUUUAUUGUACAGUACAACUUGCCAAUUGUCUCGCAGCUUUUUCGUGUCGGACAAUCGGCCCUUCCGGACCACUGGACGCCAGACUUACGGUCUUUUACUGUACUGUGGUGUGAUCAGCAAAAUUUUUAAUAUUUUAUGAUAUGAAAUAAAAUACAGUACAGUACUGUAUAUGAAUUUAAAUUACCAUAGACUCUAGAUGACCAUUGCUUGUGAAAUAAAGAAAAAUUGGUUGAUAUCCAAACUCAUGUAUAUUUCCAGGUUAAUAGAGUUAUUGUUUUUACAGGCCCUGUUAGUGCUUCUGAUGAUGACAUUGUGAAUGAAGAUGUGAAUAUUGUAUAUGAAGAGGGCUUACCUUCCUGUUGUCAUAGUUCUUCAAACUCAAGUGAAUGACAAAUUACUUUAAAUUCAACUCAUUUAUUUCGCAUGAAUGAAUUGGAUUCAGUUUCCAGAUACAAUCCCCAACCCAGAGGAUCAGUUACAGCAGGUUGCACUUGAAUUACUGACAAGUGGAUAUAUCAUAUAACUGGGAAUUAGUACAUUUUUCUUGGCAUACAAUUCCUUUGCUCAUGAUUUUUCUUCCACAUAUUAAAAAAUAUUGUGCAAAGUAUUGUAUAGAUAUUUACAGAAAGUUUAUUAUUUAGAAUAAGGCAAAUUUUGCCUAGUUUAUUUAACACUGGAUAGGUUUCAUUUAAGCUUUUAACAAACAGAAGGAAAUUGUUAAUAUCAGACUCAUCACUAUACAUGCCUAAUAUUAUUCUCUCAGGCCUUAUUACUACAGGAGUCAAUAUUCCUGUUUGUACUGCUAUUGUUGAUGUUCUGUAAUAAGUAAUUCAUGGUAAAAUCUCAGAUGUCAAAAUAUAUUACUGUAUCAUAGAUCAUUUUAUAAGAGUUAGUAGCAGUAGUUGUGAAGUCUGAUACUACAAUACUUGUGGACCACAUUGUUUAUACCUGCAACACACAGUUAAUAAUUUUAUGUUGUGUACAAUAUAUGGUGAUGUGGAGAGUUGUAUCAUAAGCUGGUCUCAUGUGACAGUCUACAAAUAUUCAUGUAUGUGUAUGUGUGUAGUUACUAGCACACAUGUUAAUACAGUAAACACCUGCUAUAUAAACUAAGCCUGUCUUGAAUGGCUUGUUAAUAUGUCUAUCAUAGGCUUGUAGCUUAAGAACCCGGGAAAUGAUGUGGUUGUGUGUCCCAGUUUAUGAAUGGACUUGAGAUGAAUGGGUCGAGCACAUAGUGUAUGAUGCUCUGGUUCAAUAGCUCCCAACCUUUUUAGCACCUACAGUUUCUUAUGAACCCUUCUUAAAGGACUAGGGCUUUGGUGAUGGAGAAGGUUAAUCUGUGGAUUAUGCCCCAGCUGUUUUGUGUUGGAGCUUCUAUGGGUUCCUAUGCUCUGAGCUUAUAAUGGGUAUAUUCACAAGUCAGGCUGUCUAAUCUAGGUUAGAAACUGGGAUUUCAGGAUCUGUCCUUCAUAUAUGGCAGCAUGAAUAUCACAGUUGAAAUAAACUAAUUAUGGAAAGUAUCUUUAUAUAUCAGUGGGUGAUCACAGUUUACACAGUUUAUGGCAAAUCCAACACACUUACUCACUGAGUUAUAAUCACUUUGGUUGUAGCUGCCUGUGGAUGUUUCAGCUGUGAUGACAUAAUCAUAGUUCACUAUCUCAAAGUUUAAUUACAUGCUGUAUAUGAUUUUAAAUUUUACUUUAAAAUAGUUUACUAUAUUUAAUACUCAUUUUAAACCAAUAAGAAUUAAAUAUAUUACAUUAAAGUAAUUUAGUUGCCUCCUACUGGAAGUAUAUAUCGUCUAAACUGAAAUAACAGUCGGUUAGAUCACAAGAAGUCUUCAUCUAAUAGUUUUUUUUAGAUUAGAAUUUAAGGUUUCUCAAAUUUCAAUGAUAGUACAGUUCAAUGCAGUACUGUAAUACUGUAGCUACAUUCCAGCGGAAAAAGUGUUCUACCUUAUUGACUCCAGGUAUAGUACUUAAUUAAUUAUGAAUAUGAAAACUAUUAAAUACUGUAUUAUAUACUGUCAGAUAUUUUAACAGCAGAAACAUUACUCCAAACUAUCCAACCACAAAGCAUAGACACGGUGAGCCUGAGGAAUACAACUGACUUGCUGGAGUCCAGAUUCUCAAUAAUUUAUAGAAACAAUAAUUAUUCCUUGUAGAGAUGUAAAAUUGCCCCUUUCUACUGAACUUAACUAAGCUAAACCACCCAAAAUACAAUCUUAUACCACUACUCACACAACCAUCUCCCACAGUUCAACCUUUUUGCCUUUUGCUCAUACCACCACCUUCAAACUUACAACACUACUCACACAUGCUGCUGGGGUUAUCAUCUCAGGCUCUCCAUGCACUCCAUUGUCCCAGGAGUAAGCUCCUUUGUGCACCAACCACUAGUUCACGUCAUACAUGGACCACUCUGAUUCUCUGCACAUUCAUUACAACAGCCAACUUUGAGGCAAUUGAUAGAAAUGUUUAAAUUAAUGAAAUUGUAUAAUUUUCUUAUCUUUAGACAGCAAACAAGACACUGGCUGAUAGCUUGUGGAUGGGAUGGGUCUCAUGUUAGCCCACAGAUAUAGGGUUAAGUGCCACCUGUGUGUAGAUUUCAUGGUCUUGUUAUGCAACCCUGAAUUUUCCAUAGGAUUAAAGUCCAUAAGUAAUGCAGUCUGCUAUAUCACAUCUACUAUUGAGUCACCCUUACUACACUAUAGCAGGGGCUUACUGUAUGGUAAUGAAUUUAUAAGUGUCACCUGAUUGUCAGAUAUUAGGCAACACAGUUUUAUUGACUGCAUCAGUCAAUUAUGGGAUGGGAGUAAAUUUUCUGCUGGGUCCAGUGAGACUUCAUGUAAGAUCAUCAUCAUGUAAGUGGUGAGUAAGAGAUCUUUCACAUAAGACACUUUUAGUUGGUUGUCUACACGUAGUCAGUUCAGGACCUUUGAAUAGCUGUUUUAAUUGUUAUUAUAGUUGAUCUCUAUUGGUAUAUGAAUUCUUAAAAUUUUAGCUUUAUGCAACUAUUAUGGACUGUGUGUAUGUCUCAGGUGUCACUUGUGACAAAUUUCUCAAUUUUUUUUUAUUAUUUGUUUAUUGUUAAUGAUGAACCAUAUCAUUUUACUGGGUGGAUUAUCCAAAGCUUCCCACAAAUACUUUGUAUUCCACCAAUUUCCUGUACAACUUUUGUAUAUCAUUCUGUUUUGAAACAACUAAUUCCUAUCUUACCUGACUUCCACUCUCCUUAUGUGUACGAUAUAUGAAUGGUCAUUCCCAGUUCCUCAUUCUUCACUGUCAUCCACUUCUAAAUCAACUCAUCCUUUGUGCUAUCUUUUCAAUAUGGUGAAGUUGUUCUGUCGUAUUUUGAAACUUGUAAUCCAGUAAACCAAGGAAGUGGGAGGGUUGUUGUAAUACUGGAUCAAGAAUGCAAGAAGCUGGGUUAAAUUUUUAGUUGUGAACAGAAGUUGUAGUGGUUACUUCCCCACAUUAUCUUGCUACAAGUUACUAAAGUAAGGGACUUUGCCUUUCCAUAAGAACUUCUGGCUGGUCUCACUCAUUCAGGAAAUGAUGCCACAGGUGCUACCUCUUUGGGAAGCUUUUUCAAUGGACAUCAGUGAAGUGGGUUUACUUCUUCCCUGAAGAAGCUAGAUAACCACCUUGCUUUGAAUAUAGGAAGUAUUGUAGGCAAUGUAGAACAAUGGAAAGAAGCUAGAAUAAGCAUAGAUGCCUGGCUGCUGUAACUUGCUAUAGUACAUGUAUAUGCAGAAUUGGUUUCCUAUCAUCCAGUUAUCCUGGACUAGUUUACCUAGCUCGUCACCUGAGGGCUGCCACCUUCAGUAAGAAACAAUGUAAACUGAACAUUAAGUUGCCUUCGCAGCAUACAAAGUUUAUACAUUUUGGAGAAGAAGCAUAUCUCCUUAAUAUCUAUUCAAUAGCUGAUUUUUCCAACAAAAUCAUAAUGAAAGUUUAGAUCCAUAAUAGAUUUCAUCAUUAACUCAGAAAUUUGAAUGUUAAUUUUUGAGGUCAACUUUAGUAUCAGUAGAAAUGUAAUGGCAUUCAGUAAUGUAGGCUACAUAAAAUGUAGCUGAAGGUAUUGGCCUUGUGAUAGUCACCCAAACAAUGCAAGUGUUAGUCACUAGAAGAUAAACUAUAUAAAUAAGAUAGGUUAUAUAAAGAUAUCCUAGAAUUGUAUGAAAGCCUCAAUUAUCAAAUAUCAGUGUUUAUUGCUGUUGUAAAUAUUUCUUCCCUCUAGGACAUUUCAGUAAGCACAAUGUGUGUCAUCAAGAAGAGCUCCCAUCAUGUUAAUUUUAACCUACCAACCAUAUUUGUCAUUUAUUUUUCACAUUUUCUUUGGUUUGACAAUUGUUAGCAUAAGUUAUUGUAAGAUGUUGUGUUUUAUAUAUUUAAACUAUAAAAUUACAGUAAUAAGAUUAGGAGGGAUAAUUUACAUGAAUUUCCUGUUGGUAGGUUAAUCAUGACUUAUGUUUUGGAUAUAAAUGUACCCAGCCACAAUAAUAAAGCAUCAAGGAUAGUGAAGACAGUAAUUGAGGCUUCCAUACAUUAUAUAAAUUGUUGCCAAAUAGAUUUUUCUUCAAUCUCAUCAUCCAGAUAUGUAUCAAUAAUGAAGAAGUUUAUUCAUUCAUGAGAUGGGGAGAAAAAGCUUCAAUCUAGUUUAUGCCUCAGUCUCUCUCAGGUGCCAUACAUGAUAUGAAAUCUUAUUGCAUUUAAAAUCCACAAAAGAAUUUAGUACUGCAUGAGCUUCCUGUUGAGAAUAUCAAGGUCCAAAUCUGUAAACUGUAUUUUUUUACUUUUUUACAUGCAAAGACUGUGCUUCAGUUUAGCCUUGAAAAUCAAGGAUAGUAAUUCUGAUAUCCUUCACACUUCCUGAACGAUGAGCUGUCCAUGAUGCAGUAUCAACGCAUUUGAAGCCUCUGUUAGACUUGCAAACCAUAUACAGUACUGUAUAUUAAACUGGGGGGUCACAAGAUGCAUUACAAAUUCAGACUCGGUUGACUGGAAUUUUUACCCUCUGAAGCUAGACAGAAAGGAUCAGAGGAAGAUUUGGCAUACAAGGGUGGAGGUGUGCAGAUUUUUUUUAAAUGAAGCAUUGUUUUAAUUGCACUUUAACAAAGAAUUGUUUUUAUUAUAUAAUAAACCCUGUUGUGUAAUGCUGUCUUGUUAUGAUGCACUGAUCUGCACAUAUCCUUUCCAAUUGUCAAAUCAAGGCCUUAGGAAAUUGCUAUGUAAUCAUAGUGAUUGGGAGCAUAAGAUUUUGGAUAGAAAUUAAUUAUGAGUUACCAUGAUUUAUCUUGAGAAUAAAGAUGUUAAGUUUUUGUGUACCGGGUAAGUAUUUUGUGAGUUGGUUACAAACUUGGCUUUUGAGAAGCCAUUUUUUUUUAUCAAAUUAAUUUUCAUUGCAUGUUGUCUCAGGGUCCAAAAUUUGUUUAGUGUAGUAUAGUUAAUGUAUGAUUUUGAGAUAGAAAUAACUGUAUAGAAAAGGUUUUUUUUUUUAAUUUAUCCAGAAUAUCAAUUGAAAAAUGUAUUCAUGUGUCAUAGUAAUUGUCAUUGGUGCUCUUGCUAUACCUCUUUUAUCAUAAUUUACUUGCAAGUACCUGUUACUGAGGCAAAUAAAUUUUGCAUUUUCUAGUACAGUAAUGAAUAAAUAAAUGCUUUUUACAUGAUUUUUAAGGCAUUUUAGUAUUGAAACUUACAAAAAGUACCCAUACCUGUUUAAUAUUUUGAUUUACUGCCAGGUGCAGUAACACUUCAACUUUUUAGAAAGUUUUCAGGUAAACUGCUGUAGCAUCUCCAAACACUCCUCACCAUGUUCUUCUUUUUUACAUGUAUUCUGCUGCAUCUUGGAUAUCAGUUUUCUAAAUUUUUAGUACAUUUUUCACCCCAUACUUGCACCUUCUUGGCUUUCCCCUCUCCUUCCAGUACAGUACUUGCCCCACAUAUUGUUGUCACACCUCACAACUGUCCAAGUUACUUUUCUUCAUCACUACUUAUCUCUCCUUUCUUUGCUUUCUCAUUACAACCGUCUAGACAUGUGAGUAUUUUUUUGCUCUCUUUUCAAUUUGAUAAAAGGUGUACAGAGGGUGGUGUUACCUCUUGAGCUGUUGAUACCACAUAAGGUCUGUAUCACAUUAAUGUUCCUCAGUAUUUGAUAUUAUGUUCAGGUUUGCAAAAUUGGUUAUCAUAAAAUGAUCUUAAAAAGGUCAGACUGUUUAUAAUUGGUUUAUUAAUAUCACUGUCUUUAGAGACUAAAUUUUACAGCUGUUCAUUAUUGUCUAGUUGACUUUAUGAUAAGGCUAUGAGAGAGAUUACACUGAGGUACAGCUAUAUUAUAGCAUCAUUAUGUGGACAACGGUAUAAAAAAUUACAGCCAGCCGAGGUCUAAAUAAGAUUUUUUAAUUAAUUCUUUAACUGUGUUCCGUUUUUUAAGUUGUGUGAAUAAAUCAGAAUGUUGUAUGAUAAUGUUAGGGAAAAUGUUACAUAUUAUUUUUCAGGACGUUGUAAAUAGUACUGGUAUUUAUGGUACUGUAUAUAUAGUACAGGUACAACCAACACUAUCCUGAAGUUAAUUGUUUGAAAGGAUUAUAAAUACCUCAAUUUUCCACAAUUUUGUCUACCUAAAUACAGUUUAUCCAGAACCGGAUGUCUUGUUGGGAAGAAACAUUGUAAAAUUUUGGGAUAAUCCACAUGUUGAUUAAGCUGAGAAGUGGAAUUAAGACAUGUGAACUAAGUGUGCGAAUAUACUAAAAUCUCCAGUGGCUGUUCUACUUGUUGAGGGCAAAAAGUACUCUGAACUUCCUUUGGUACUUAGUAGCUAACUCUUGCAACGGUUAAGUAAAGCAGACAAAUAGGUAAAAUGGAACAAGGUUCAUGCUGUGUCUAAUGUGAAUUCAGGAGGCAUUGCUGCUUACCAGGAUAAUUGUGCUCAUGUAUAAAUACCUUUUUUCUCUGAUAGCUUAGACUGACCAGACCUGAUAAUUAACAUCACAUAAUAUUUUAUGAUGUAUCCAUUUUUUUAAACAAAACUUAUUUUAUAUGGGCUGAACUUGAAACUAUAGUUUUCUAAGAUUUAUAAUUCAAUGGCUCAUACACACGAGUGUCUGGAAAAGAGCUUAUAUUUUGCAGGCUUGAAAAUAAGUUGUCAUCGCAAGCAGAAGACUAAUAAUUAUGUAAGGAAUAAAGUGCCAAUAGAAAAUUAUCCUUGAAAUUCACACUACAGUAAUGGGAGAAUCUGUGAAUGACAACUACUACAGUACUGAAAUUAUUUAAGGUAAAAUAUUGGUGUCUAUUGUAACUGUAUUUUAGUAUCUUGCAAGUGAUAGACAAUAAAUAUUUUUAUGUAAGUG